CAUAUAUCACCUGAUUCGUUUGGCUUGCAGGCAACUGGCGCAAUAUUCACUACUAGCUCAUUUGAUUGAACGAACGUCAUAUUAGUGGUUAAGUACGUAAGUAAUUGGGCUUUUAACGUGAGAGGUGGUUGUACUUCUGCGAGUCAAUUUAUUAAUGUUUCAAGCAUUUGAAAUCACUCAUGUAUGUUUCAUGCUUAUGAUUAAAUGCGUGUCUUGUGUAACGUACGAGUUACGCCCAAUAAGCACGUUUGUUAUAGAUAGACUAUCAUAAAACUAGGUAAUAGUACAACGCAAUGAUCACACAAAUGACUAUUUCUAAACUUCAAUAAUUACUAACAUAAGGAUCAGGUUGGAAAGUUGUUGUCCAUCAAGGUGCUUUGGGAAUAAAGAUGUUAGAGAAAACGAUGAUUUGACCUGAACCGAGGAGGUCGACUUUUAAUGAGACCGGCUUCCAAUCAGUAUCAUCAUUAUCAGCUCGGGUCACCAACACAAUCAGACACAUGGUAGGCUUCCCUUUCUAUAUGCCAUUCUUCUCUGUCUAUUGGCAGUUUCACCCAUCUUAAUCCUCCUAUCUGUUUAUGCCACCAUCUCAUCCUCAGCCUAUGUGGAUCACACAGUUCGUUUUGCAUGAAGCGUUUGGCAUAUCAUAGUGAAACGUACUUACUCCCCAGUUUACUUUCAAACAUUCGUAGGCAAACACAAAACUCUUACGAAUGAAGCUAUCGCAGGUCAGAUAGAAACGACAGAUAUAACCGUUAAAGACCAUAAUUCCAGAAAAGGGCAGUGCUUUAUAAUGGUGUAAUAAUGUUUGCAAUACGUUAUUGUUUCCUAAUAAAAUAAUAGACUUAAGAUACUAGUUAGUAUUGCUGGCUCCCUCAUUGCUGAGUCUUCGUGUCGAAACUAAAAAUAACCUGAGUGCGGCGCCGAUCGAUGCUGGAUUGGAAACGUUUCAUAUCUGCUAUAGUUUGACUUUACUUGUACAAGGACAGGCCACUAAGAAAAAUGACUUUCAAUAUUGUUAUACUUCUAAUUAUGCUAUUAAAUUUGCGAACCUACAAAUCUUUACGUAUUUCAAUUACUUAUAUAUUAAUGCAGUUGUUUAAGAGGGACUCCUGAGGGUGCCCUCUCGUCCAUCAUCACACUUCCUUGACUGGUGAGGAUCCAUUGCUUAUAAAGCAGGUGGUAACCCGGUCUGUAAUUCCAGGAAAGAAAAGCCGUCACGAUGAUCAACAUAGCGGGUGUGGUGUCCAUCGUGCUGUUCUACGUGCUGAUCCUGGCUGUGGGCAUCUGGGCGGGCCGCAAGAAGCCCGCCGGCAACGACUCGGAGGAGGAGGUCAUGCUGGCCGGCCGGUCCAUCGGACUGUUCGUCGGGAUUUUCACAAUGACUGCCACAUGGGUCGGCGGAGGCUACAUCAACGGCACGGCGGAGGCCAUCUACACGUCGGGGCUGGUGUGGUGCCAGGCGCCCUUCGGAUACGCGCUCUCGCUCGUCUUCGGUGGUAUAUUCUUCGCGAACCCGAUGCGCAAGCAGGGCUACGUGACGAUGCUGGACCCGCUGCAGGACUCGUUCGGCAGCCGCAUGGGCGGCCUGCUGUUCCUGCCCGCGCUCUGCGGGGAGGUGUUCUGGGCCGCCGGCAUCCUCGCCGCACUCGGCGCCACGCUGGCCGUCAUCAUCGACAUGGACCACCGCACGUCCGUGAUCUUCUCAGCGUGCGUGGCGGUGUUCUACACGCUGUUCGGCGGCCUCUACUCCGUCGCAUACACCGACGUCAUACAGCUCUUCUGCAUAUUUAUCGGCUUGUGGAUGUGCAUUCCGUUCGCGUGGGCCAACGAGCACGUAAAGCCCCUCAGCUCUAUGGAGGUGGACUGGAUCGGGAAGGUGGACCCGGAGUAUUACUGGUUCUACGUCGACUACGGCCUGCUACUCGUGUUCGGGGGCAUUCCCUGGCAGGUAUAUUUCCAACGCGUGCUGAGCAGCAAGACGGCUGGUCGCGCGCAGAUCCUGUCGUACGUGGCUGCCAUCGGCUGCAUCUUCAUGGCCAUCCCGCCCGUGCUCAUCGGCGCCAUCGCCAAGGGCACCGCUUGGAACGAGACGGACUACCGUGGCGACCUGACGCCGGAGGGCGAGCUGACGUCAGAGCAGACCUCCAUGAUCCUGCCGCUGGUGCUGCAGCACCUCACGCCCGACUUCGUCUCGUUCUUCGGGCUGGGCGCCGUGUCCGCCGCCGUCAUGUCCUCCGCAGACUCCAGCGUGCUCAGCGCCAGCUCCAUGUUUGCUAGGAACGUGUACAAGCUGAUCUUCCGCCAGAACGCCUCGGAGAUGGAGAUCAUCUGGGUGAUGCGCGUGUCUAUCCUGGUGGUGGGCUGCCUCGCCACGCUCAUGGCGCUAACCAUCCCCUCCAUCUACGGCCUCUGGUCGAUGUGCUCGGACCUGGUGUACGUGAUCCUGUUCCCGCAGCUGUUGAUGGUGGUGCACUUCAAGAAGCACUGCAACACAUACGGCUCGCUGGCGGCCUACUGCGUGGCGAUGCUAGUGCGGCUCUCGGGCGGGGAGAAGCUGCUGGGGCUGCCGGCGCUCAUCCACUACCCCGGCUGGGACGCCGAGAACGAGGUGCAGCUGUUCCCCUUCCGGACCAUGGCCAUGACCAUGUCGCUGUUCACGCUCGCCUUCAUCUCUUGGCUCUCCGUGUUCCUGUUCAACUCUGGCUACCUGAGCCCCGAGUCGGACUAUUUCAACUGCGUGGUGAACAUUCCGGAGGACAUCCGGCGCGUGGACGAGCCGUCGGAGGCGGGCGAGCAGAUGUCGGUGCUGGGCGGUGUGCCGGGCCGGCUGUACGGCGCCGCCAGCACGCUGGUGGGCCCCGACGAGAAGUGCGGCCGAAUCAACCCCGCGCUGGAGCCCGACGACGACGAGCUGGACGACCCCAACGACGGGCCCACGCCACUGUUCGGCAGCAGCAGCGCGCCGCCGCCCGUGCAGCCCUACGGCAAGCAGACCGCCUUCUGAGAUAAGUGCCACCUCGCCGCCACCCCGCCUCGCUAGCGGGCCAUAUUAUAUUUUCCGAAAAUUUUACUAUUUCUAAUUUUCAUUCGAAUUUGGUAUGAUCGUUACAUCGAAGUAUGGAACAGUAAUUCAGUAUUUUUCGACUAAAUCGACUAGUUGUGCUCAAGACGAUCGAAACAUAUCAUGUAUAUCUUCCUGUACACUAACGUUUUGUAACUGUAUCAUAUCGGAGCUGAGACGAGUUCUGUUUGUUCUGAGUAAUGACGACGUAAGCGCAAACUGAUAUAAAAUAUAUUUCAUGAAAUAAUAUUAUCGUGUAGGUGUAAAGCAUUUAAGCAAUAGAUGUAUCUUAAUAGUUGGUGUAAAAAUUACGUAAGCUGUAUUAUUUUGUAGUAGAGCAAAUAAUUGUGAUUACGAAACUCAUACAUAUCAAAAUGUGAAUUAUAUUCGUUGUUAGACUAUGUAUAUAUACAUACUAUACAUAUAUAUUGUUUAUAUUGAUGACGAUUCCUUUUAAGUCAAUUAAUGUAGAGAGAAGUUCAGUAAAGUCGACGUGCUUAUAGCCACGGUGUCAGUGUGUGCGUGUGCGGGAGUGUCGUGACGCACAUGCGAUGCGAGGCGCCACGCACACUAGAGUAUAACGCAUCGCACAGCCUGCUGGACGGAGGUGUGUAGCACUGUAGGCGGAAAUCAUUUCCUUUAGAUAUUUAUAUGAAAAGCUAAAGCAAAACUAAUAUUUAUAAACAAAGUAUAUAACGCACUCGUGAAACAGAGUCACUCAAAUGACAUUAUAUCAAAUAUAUAACCAAAUGUUCAAGUCUAGUUCGUACAAGUUAGUGGUUGUUAUCAUUUUAUACAUUUUAUUUAAAUAGCGCAAAUUAUAUACGUUGGAUACUUUGUAUAGUUUAGAAGUGUGAUUCAUUCGCUUAGAGUGGCGUGAACCCAUUUAUAUAUGUAUAGAGCAAAAUAUAAAAGAAUUUAUAUAAAGGUAAUCUAUCGACGCGAUGUCCACUAACAAAUACUGGCCUAAAUCUGCUAGAACUAACAAAACGCAAUAAAAUAAAGGCAUAAUAAUUUCUUAUUAAUUUUCGCGUUUAUGUACUUAACUUGGAUAUUACGUGUUAGUGAGUGAAGAGCUUACGAGUGCCACGCGGCCAACUGUGGCCGAACAGUGGCCGACUUGUGGCCGACCAGGCGUCGCAGAUAGUAGUAAUGAAUCUUUUUAAACUUAUAUGUGUAUCGGUGUUCACAGUUGUCGUGUUUACCUCUCCCGAGCGUCGACACAUCCUAUGUCCGCGUGUCUGUGUCCAUAAGUAUAGCUGUUUGACGUUUCAUGUCACGAUGUAUCUACACUUAGCUGUCAACAAUGGCAACUUUUAUCCUUUUGGAUGUAAAUCAAUUAUAUACACAGAGUAUAAUAUACAUAUAAAUGCUUAUCGACACAUAUUUUAUGGAAAAGAUAUAUAAAAGUAGGUAAACAGUUGCCACGUUUGAUAUUUUUGAAGCUUUCGAAUUGUUUUUGAUAAUAAAGUUUAUAUAAAAAUCGUUUUGAAAUAUAACAUUGGGAUUAUAUAGAGUAUAUGUUGCGAAUAUAUAUUAUGUAUAUAAUGAUGUGAUAUCCUCUUGCCUAACCUCUGCUAGGUCGAACUCAAUACAUAUCUCUAUGUGACUUACAUAUACAUAUCAUAGUGUUAGUGUGACAUACAUAUCAUAGACGUAAGAGUAGAAUAGGUAUCGUUGUUGUUCUUCGGCGCCGCUGUCUGAUCGAUAACAUGCGGGACUACCCUUUACGAAACUAUUAUAUCUAGCAAACAGAUUACUCUCCAGACUAUAUACAUA